CCCAAGAUGCACCUCGGCUUUAAUGCGCUGAAGCAAGAUGGCGAGUAAAACAAGCAAAGACGGUCCUCCUCCUUUUGAUUGUCCAUCAUGGGCAGGCAAACCACCCACAGGGCUUCAUCUGGACGUGAUGAAGGGGGACAAAUUGAUAGAGAUGGGGGUUCCUCUGUGGCUGCUCGGCUUCAAACGAAACUGAUCAUAGAUGAAAAGAAGUUUUACCUGUUUGGAAGGAAUCCCGACUGGUGCGACUUCACCAUCGACCAUCAGUCCUGCUCUCGGGUUCAUGCGGCGUUAAUCUACCACAAACACUUAAAAAGGGUCUUUCUCAUAGACCUAAACAGCACACACGGUACUUUUCUUGGCCACAUUCGCCUUGAACCCCACAAGCCUCAGCAGGUUCCCAUAGACUCUACCAUAUCUUUUGGGGCGUCGACACGGACUUACACCAUUAGAGAGAAACCCCAAACCCAAGGCACUGCUGGCACAGGAGACAGCAAGUUGGGGGAUGAAGAGGAGCUCAAAGGACUGCUUGGACUUCCAGAAGAAGAGACAGAGCUGGAGAACCUGACAGAGUUUAACACGGCUCACAACAAACGCAUCUCCAUCCUGACAAUCGAGGAAGGCAACCUGGAAAUCCAGAGGCCAAAGAGGAAACGCAAGAACUCCAGAGUUACUUUCAGUGAAGAAGACUCCAUUAUUAAUCCAGAAGAUAUAGACCCCUCAGUCGGGCGCUUUAGAAAUAUGGUGCAGACAGCUGUCAUCCCCAUGAAGAAGCGGAGAUCUGACAGCCAAAAUACUCUGGGUCUGGAUGACUUGGCUUCCAAGCGCAUUCACGGCUACAGCUUGGGUGGAGGUCUGUACGGGGACUUGCCUCCAACCAGCCACGAGAACAAGCCAACAGGAGCUCCAGGAGGUGCUGCUAUGCAGGGUGGGCUUCCUCUGCCCUUCCCCAACCCAGCGCCUGAGGUAGAUCUGGCCCCAGAGGCUCCUCAGCCCCCGAUCACACUCAACCCCACACCAGUGACAGCCCCUUACCUACCAGAGACCGUCAACGAGCCACGAAAAAAGAAGUAUGCCAAAGAAGCUUGGCCGGGGAAGAAACCCACCCCUUCACUUCUCAUCUAACCAGUUUUAUAACACUGCUGACUCUCAGGUUCCCAGCAGGACCAUCAGGGACUGUGACCUGUCAGGGGUGGAACUCUUCGCCUCUGUUUUUAUUUGUUAUAUUAUACAAGUGCAAAAUACACAACAUCCUCCACAAACUACAUUGACAUCAAAAGUAUUUAGUUUUUUUACAACAAAAUACCUGGCAGUUAAAUGAACUACAGAGUGAUAGACUAUAUGGAUAUAAUGAUGGAGUUGUGUGCUGAAUGACUUUGAGUUGAUGUAAACUUGUAUUUUAUAUAUGUUCCAAAAUUUUUUCACUCUUUCAGAAUAUUGAUAAAACUAUUAAAAGAGUUGCAAAAAAAGUGGUUUUAUUCGUAUCUUACUGUGAGAAGUCAAGAUAGCCCCAAGACUUCAAAUGUAAGCAAACUUUUUUCCAAACACAGCUGUAUUUUAUUUUUAAAGCAAGUUGAUUUUUAUGAAAAAAUGUUUUACCGGUAGUUAGCUGUCAGUUGUGCUGUGUUGUAUUUCCGCCUUUACUCCACUUGGUGGUGACUUAAGCAAACAAGACUGGUUUCUGUUAGAGGCUGAAAACUUCAGUUUUCAUUUGCAUCUUAAAGCAGUGCUCUGUUACACUAACAUCCAGUUUUUUUCUGCUACAAUAAGUGUGAAGUACUUUCUCAUAUUCUCAGAACAACCAUACUGUAAAAAAUAGUUUUUACGCUUUUUUGGAUUGCUAUUUAAAGUGUACAAGCAUAGCAGAUUGGAGAAAAGCACAAUAACAAUUUACUACAACAUAAAAGGCUACUAAAAUAUUAUUCAGACUGUUGUAAUGCAUACUUAGCAUUAUUAUCUGUAAAAUGCUGCCUUAACCAGCUCGAGAUAUGUCUGCAGAUUAGAAAACUAAACAUUAGGCUUAGCCUUUUCUUACUUAUUGAGUGUUCAAAUUUGAAGAAAUGUACGAAUCUAUGUAAUAAAAUGAUUCGCAUACAAAUGCCUCAGACAAAACUUGCAUCAGAAACACUGUAGUUAUGCUUACCAGUAUUUUUUAUUUUUUUAAAUAAAGUCUAGCAGCUUUGACAUCUGGUUGAUUUAUAAUUGUUGAAUUUCAUAUCAUCUGGUCAAGUUGGAGAUUCCCUCUAAAUUUAAAAAAUACUGACUUAUUUUGUGGAUUUUCCGGUGCAAAAGAAAAAUAAGUUGUUUUAUUAAAAAAACUACACCAGUGACUCUACACUUGAUUGGUUAUGUGGAUUUUGUAAUAUGUAAAUAAAAACAAAAAAUACUUUUUUGA